AUGGCUAUAUGCGGCACGAGAGAUUCAAGAUUACGCGGCUCAUCAUCAUCAUCAUCAUCGCCAUCUCCAUCUACAUCUCCAGCGCCAGCUCCAUCGUCAGCAGCCCGAGUUCAACCCAACUCCAAGAUGAAGUUCACCAUUGCCAUCGCCUUCACCUGCCUUCUUGCCUGCGUCCUGGCAGCUCCUCCGGCCAGCCAGCAGGAAGCCCAGGUGCUCCGUUUCGACAGCGACGUCCAGCCCGAGGGCUACAAGUUCGCGUCGCUUGCUAACUGGUUUCUGGUUUUCUUUAGCGUGGAGACAAGUGACGGCAAGUCGCACCAGGAGGAGGGCCAGCUGAAGGACGUGGGCACUGACCACGAGGCCAUUGUGGUCCGCGGAUCCUACGCCUAUGUGGGUGACGAUGGCCAGACCUACACCAUUAACUACCUGGCUGAUGAGAACGGAUUCCAGCCGGAAGUCUUCGAUUGGCGGCCUCCGAUCCGACUAUAUAAACGUCUGGACAGGGCCAUAAACAUCACAAAUCAAGUAACGUUGACUAGCCGUUCGGUCGCAAGUUCCCAACGAAUCCUCAACCAAUCAACCCAAACUCAAAAAACAAAAAUAACCAUGAAGUGCACAGUCGCCAUCGUCUUCGCCGCCCUCUUCGCCGUCGUCCUGGCCGCCCCCGCCCCCGAUGCGGAAGCCCAGAUCCUGCGCCUGGAGUCGGAUGUCCAGCCCGAGGGCUACAACUUUGCUUUGGAGACCAGCGAUGGCAAGAAGCACGAGGAGCAGGGCCAGCUGAAGAACGUGGGCACCGAGCAGGAGGCCAUCGUGGUCCGCGGAUCCUACUCCUUCGUGGCCGAUGAUGGACAGACCUACACCGUCAACUACGUCGCCGAUGAGAACGGAUUCCAGCCCGAGGGUGCCCAUCUGCCCAAUGUGCCCAUCAGCAACUAAGCGGAUACGGACACCGAUUCGCUAACCGAGAGCUGUUCUAUGUAUAUGGUUUCUAGUUGAUUAUUAAAUAAACGCGGCAAGAAAAUCGAA